ACAGUAGCCGAACACAGCAGUCAGAAACAAGAGGGGUGCCUGACGCGUAGUACAGAUAAAGCAAUAAGGAAUCGGCCUACAUUCAAUUCAAGCAUUCAAUACAUAUAAUCAAUCAAGGAUCUAUACUGAAGACAUCUUCUCCAAUGUUGUGAUAUUUUGGACUGGCUGUCCUUUACCCGCGCAGGGCUGCUCAUUGUCAGCGCAAAUCCCGUUUUCCUUACUUGUGACGGCGGAAAGGUGGCUGUCUAUGCGCUGAGUUGUGUCUCCGGGAUAUCCGCAGCGGCUGCGUGCCUUUGCUCCGAGCGGUGAAGGAGUUGCACUACAGGGCUGCCCCGGACCGUUCCCGGCGUAAGCGUACUCAAGCUAUUGAUUGACUGGGAAACCACUUGGAAAUUGACUUCCUCUCUCAUCAGCGGUGGAGACCUGUCCUUUCCUGUGGUGAUUUUGAUGUUUAUGGAUUUGGGAAAGACGUCUGGAGCAUUUGAUACAGAGAAAGAGAGAGGGGUUACUGUCAGCCUGCCGAUAGCUGCUUCGCUUCGAUAUUGGAUACAUAUGGGGUUGUGAGUGAGUCUACGAGACACAGCACCGACGGAUUACCUCUUGCCUUGUCAUCUUUCCAAGGAGUUGAAACGGGAGUUGUUGGUGCUGGUGCCCUGUAUUUUUACUUCUUCCUUUACUGGCUCUGAUUACUUGUGUGGAGGAAAUGGCAACGCCAGCGUUCGAGAGAGGAACCCAACUGGAAGAGGAGAGAGGAAACCGGAGCUGAAUGACAGGAUGCAGCGGACAACCUGAGACAUAUCCAGACACAUUUCAACUGCUUCAGUCAAGACACUUCUGCUUUAUUUGUUUUCCUUCGGACCCAAACUUGAAAAUAAGGAAGACUAACACGGCCUGAAAAACCUUGGGAUGAGUUUUAUUUAGGUUCGUUUUUUGUUUUUGUUUUUCCUAUUAUUAUUUUUCUAACAAAACAAGGAUGCAUUGUGGAUUAGUGCUGUUCCUCUUAAUGGGAAUCUUCUUUGUUGCUAAGGCUUUCAAAAAUGACAAGUGUGGGGACAACAUCAGAAUAACGAAUGCGAAUUACCUCACUUCACCUGGCUAUCCAGCAUCAUAUUUGCCAUCUCAGAAAUGCGUUUGGGUGAUUACAGCGCCUGGACCUCACCAGAGAAUUCUAAUCAACUUUAACCCGCAUUUUGAUCUCGAGGAUAGAGAGUGCAAGUAUGACUAUGUGGAGGUACGUGACGGCGUGGACGAGAGUGGGCAGCUGGUGGGGAAGUACUGUGGGAAGAUCGCCCCAUCACCCGUGGUGUCUUCUGGGUACCAGCUCUACAUCAAGUUUGUGUCCGACUACGAGACCCAUGGAGCAGGCUUCUCCAUCCGCUACGAGAUCUUCAAAACAGGUCCGGAAUGUUCCAGGAACUUCACGUCUAAAAACAAUGGGGUAAUAAAGUCACCUGGUUUUCCAGAGAAGUAUCCCAACAACCUAGACUGCACCUUCAUGAUCUUUGCCCCCAAGAUGUCCGAGAUCAUCCUGGAGUUCGAGAGCUUCGAGCUGGAGCCUGACACCACUCCUCCCACCGGGGUCUUCUGUCGAUACGAUAGGCUGGAGAUCUGGGACGGCUUCCCUGGAGUUGGUCCGUACAUUGGACGGUACUGUGGUCAGAACACCCCGGGUCGUAUCAUCUCCUACACGGGCAUCUUGGCACUGACAAUCAACACCGAUAGCGCCAUCGCCAAGGAGGGCUUCUCUGCCAACUUCACUGUGUUGGAGCGGACUGUGCCAGAGGAUUUUGACUGUACAGACCCGUUAGGUAUGGAAUCGGGGGAGAUAGCAUCAGAGCAGAUUGUAGCUUCUUCUCAGUACAACCCAGGCUGGUCCCCGGAGCGAGCCAGACUCAACUACUAUGAGAACGCAUGGACACCAGGAGAGGACAACAACAAAGAGUGGAUACAGGUGGACUUGGGUUUCCUCCGGUUUGUUUCGGCCAUCGGAACACAGGGGGCCGUUUCCCAGGAGACCAAGAAAACCUACUGGAUCAAGUCCUACAAGGUGGACGUCAGCUCUAACGGAGAAGACUGGAUCACACUGAAGGAGGGGUCAAAACAGAAGAUUUUCCAAGGGAACACCAACCCUACUGACGUGACCAGGACGAUGCUUCCCAAACCCACUCUCACCCGCUUCGUCCGGGUCCGGCCCGUUGCCUGGGAAACGGGCAUUGCUCUGCGCUUCGAGGUGUACGGCUGUAAGAUAUCAGAGUACCCAUGUUCGGGCAUUCUUGGCAUGGUGUCAGGUCUGAUCACAGAUGCCCAGAUCACAGCUUCGUCCCACACUGACCGGAGCUGGGUACCUGAGAACGCCCGCCUGCUGACCAGCCGCUCCGGGUGGACCCUGCUGCCCCAGCCCCAGCCCUUCACCUCAGAGUGGCUACAGGUGGAUCUGGGGGAGGAGAAGCUGGUGAGAGGACUCAUUAUCCAGGGAGGGAAACACAGAGAGAACAAGGUGUUCAUGAAGAAGUUCAGACUGGGAUACAGUAACAAUGGAUCUGAUUGGAAGAUGGUCCAGGACGCUAAUGGCAACAAGCCAAAGAUUUUCGAGGGGAAUCAGAACUACGAUACACCAGAGCUGAGGACUGUGGAGCCCUUGCUGACCCGCUAUGUCAGGGUCUACCCAGAGAGGUCCACCGCUGCUGGGAUGGGCCUGCGACUCGAGCUCCUGGGCUGUGAGAUCGAAGCUCCCACUCCCCUCCCCACCAUGCUGGCAUCCACCACUCUGUCAGACGAGUGUGAUGAUGACCAGGCCAGCUGCCACAGUGGAACAGGUGAUGACUACGAUGUGACAGGUGGAACCACAGUGCCAGAGGGCAAGACAGAGGUGGACACCAUCCCAGCGUUCCUGUGGUUUGCGUGUGACUUUGGCUGGGCCAACGACCCCUCGUUCUGCGACUGGACCUCAGAGGACAGCGUCUUCAGAUGGCAGAUACAGUCCAGCGGCACGCCCACGCUCAACACCGGACCCAACAUGGACCACACAGGCGGAUCCGGUAACUUCAUCUACACCCUAGCGACGGGCGCCCAGGAAACUGAGGUUGCUAGGCUGGUCAGUCCGGUGGUGACAGCCGGUCAGUCUGACUUGUGCGUGUCGUUCUGGUACCACAUGUUCGGCUCGCACAUUGGCACGCUGCACAUCAAACAAAGGAAGGAGACGGUCGACGGCAUGGCUGACAUACUGCUGUGGACCGUCAGCGGUCACCAGGGCAACCGCUGGAGAGAGGGACGCGUGCUGGUGCCGCACUCCAGUAAACCCUAUCAGGUGGUGAUUGAAGGGUUGGUGGAGAGAAAGAGCUGGGGUGACAUUGCUGUGGAUGAUAUCAAGAUCCUGGACAAUCUGAACAUGGCUGACUGCAAGGAUCCUGAUGUUCCCACAGAGACCAUGCUGCCUGAAGACCGAUUUAAUGAAAUCAUUGUGGACAUCACAGACCUCCCUGACAUCAUGGAGAACAAUGAGAUCCUCAAUGGUGUCAGUGGUGGGGCAGGCAACAUGCUGCAGACACUGGACCCCAUCCUCAUCACCAUUAUCGCUAUGAGUGCCCUGGGGGUCUUCCUGGGGGCCAUCUGUGGGGUAGUCCUCUACUGUGCCUGCUCACAUGGCCACAUGUCCAACAGGAACUUAUCCGCUCUGGAGAACUAUAACUUUGAGCUUGUGGACGGAGUCAAGCUAAAGAAGGACAAACUCAACUCACAGAACUCAUACACAGAGGCGUGAAUGGGAAGGGGGAAGUGAGAUGUGUGUGUGGGGAGUGCAGCACGCCAUGAGCGUGCACAAGACUGUAGGCAUAGCCAAGACUCAAUGAGUGGCUGGGGUUAAAGGGACUGCGGGAGGCCUCUCAUUGGAGGAGGCCCAGGUUCAGGAACCAAUAGGAGGUUGUGACUGAUCCAUUGCUUUUCUCAGGAGCUGCAGUAAUGGGAACCUACCAGUAGGGGACACUGUGUACAAAAUAAAAAACAGGAGGAAAAAAUAUGUACAGAUGUUUAGAUUAUUAUUUAAAUUGUUCUAUUUGAUUUUCAUUCAUUUUUACAAUAUGAUGCUGGUGUUGAGACCAAUUGAAUUAUCAUAAUAUUUAAAGAAUUUAUCAUUUUCUGUGAGGAAGAAACCUUUUUGUUAUUAUAAUUAUUUUAAAUCAAAGAAAUGUUUGUGUUGAAGGAGAAGUAUCAAAACCCAAAAUUAACCAUAACUGACAAUGUUGUUGGUCAUACUGCACCAUGGUGGAGUAGCGGCAGGGUGUGCCCCCUGCCCCCCUGCCCCCCUGACCUCUGCCCCUGUCUACAGGUGUGGGUCAGAGGUUAAAGGUAAAGAUUGUGCCCCUUGACAGUAGAUGGUUCUGACAGUGCCUUUAAUACAUAUUUGUUGGCCUCUUCUGUUGAUUUUUUGAGUUUUUACAUUUCUUACGUUCUGACAACGUUGUGACAUCUGAAGCAGGGGCUUUAAAUGAGCUAAUAAUCAAGUCUGCAAAACAGGAUCCAAUUCAUCCAUGGCGCUUUUCUCUCUCUGUCCCAGACCCACAUAUAAUUGUAUAUACGUUUUAAUAUAUUUUAAUUAUUUUU